AAACAACAUUGUUUUAUUGCUCAAUAAUAUUGAGGUUACUCCUAAAUUUGGCUAAGUUAUGUCUUCAGCAUCAUCAUCAGCAUCACAAGAUUCAGAGGAAUUUGAAAAAUCUAUAGCUGAAGAUUUGGUUGUUACCAAAUAUAAAAUGGCAGGCCAAAUUGUAAACAGAGUCCUAAGACAAAUUGUGGAGAUAUGUAAAAUUGGGGCAUCAGUCAGGAACAUUUGUACCUCCGGAGAUAAAUUGAUAUUGGAGGAAACCGGAAAAGUGUUUAAGAGCAGUGGUAAGAAAGUGAAGAAGGGGAUUGCGUUUCCAACUUGCUUAUCAGUAAAUAACUGUAUAGCCAACUUCAGUCCUCUCUCUGAUCAGCCAGACUAUGUUUUGAACGAGGGAGAUGUUGUGAAGGUGGAACUGGGGGCGCACAUUGACGGAUUCAUGGCAUCAACUGGGCACACACAUGUUAUAGCAUCUACACCAAACAAUAAGGUCAGCGGAAAGAGAGCGGAUGUGAUGCUGGCUGCACAUUAUGCUUCUCAAGCAGCUCUGAAGCUCUUUAAGCCUGGCAAUAAAGCUUCCCAGGUAACUGAUGCUGUUCAGAGUGUCGCUAUAGAGUUUGGUUGUAAUCCCAUCAAGAACACUGGAAGCUCAAGGUUAAAACAGUUCAAAAUUGAACAAGCUUUCAUCCAAAACCCAACUGAAGUGGAUAAACCAGAACUUGAAGAUUUUGAGUUUUCACUGUAUGACGUUUACAACGUGCGUAUUUGUAUGAGUUCAGGAGAAGGAGUCGGUAGACAGAUUGGCACCAAAGAGACACUGUACAGAAAGACAGACGAGAAGUACCAACUGAAAUUGAGAGCUUCCAGGAUGUUUUAUUCAGAAGUUUCGCACAAGUAUGGAAAUAUGCCUUUUAAUCUGAGGAGUUUUGAGGAUUACAAAUCUGCAAAAUUAGGCAUAAACGAGUGUGUCAACCACAAAUUACUUGAAGUGUUUCCGGUGCUUUAUGAGAAACCAAACGAAUAUGUGUCUCAUUUUGGUUUUACCGUGCUAUUAAUGCCUACAGGGCCGCAUAGAAUAACUGGACUGCUCUUUGAAUUGGAUUUAUAUGAAUCUGAGUAUAAAAUUAAAAAUCCUCAAUUGAAAACACUUCUGAAUACAUCAGCCAAUCAGAAAAAUAGAAAAAAGAAAACUAAAACUCUGAACCAGAGCAGCACGCUUUUGGGAUGUAUAUCUUGAAUAGUUACCGGUACUGAUGAAAUAGAAGAGACUAUAUGUAUAGAAAGAACAUCUGUAACUGUUGAUUACAUUAUUACUCUCCAUUUUGUUAAGUAGGUGCCAUCUUAUUUUUGUUAUACAAUAAAUUGUGGAUCUAUUGUU